AUGUCUGGCCAAUCCCAGUUUGACUCCCCCGAGUACUCGCCCAUGGAACAUCUUGGGCAGCUCUUCCCGACAGCCGAGUCACUCAAAGGGCUCCAGCAGGUGCUAAACUCCACCAACUUCUACAAAAAACAGCUCAACGAACAAACACGUGGGAAGAUCGCUGAAUACCAGGCCCGCCAGACCUCCCGUGAGGUUCCCGUCAAAGCGCAGUUGGCGGCGGAGUUAGGCGAUUUGAAGGCCUCCAUCGUUCAGACCCAGGCCAAGUCGUUGGAAACGGCCGCCACAAUCGACGCGAUGAUUUCACCGAUCAAAAAGUUGGAUGACGUCAAGAAGAAGCUCCUUUUGACCAUGAACGUGUUCAAACGGUUGCAGAUGUUGAUUAUCAGCUACACGCUGUUGAGCGAGUUGGUGGAACAGCAGAAGGGCCGUGAGGCAGAGAACGGUGAGCGGCCGAUUUUGCACUACCAAGAAAUCUACUUCAAGCUAGAUGCCACGUUAUCGUUGAUGGAGUACUUCAAGCCGUAUAAGCCCAUCAAGGACAUUUCUCGUCUUUCGAAACAAAUUAAUGAGCUCAAGUACUCCAUUAUCGAGCUGAUUUUUGUCGAUUUUAACUACUAUUUGUUUGAAACGCGUUUCAACGCCCGGCUGGAGACGUUGGGACACCUUAACCAUGCCUGCCUCAUCCUUGACUUGCUAGACGGACAGUCGUCCCACCAUAACAAGGACAAGCUUGUCAAUUGGUACAUCCAGAAAUUCUUGUCUGACAUCUUUGAGAUCUUCAGGCCCACGGAUGAAGCGGGCUCACUUGAAAAUUUGACCAGACGGUUCACCUACUUUAAAAAGACCCUUACCGACGGGUUUUAUGAGUCGCACCAAUGCGAUGCGUUCCCUGCUGGGUGGAACAUUGGACUCGCGCUUGCGGAACACUUCGUCACCCGUACCCGUGACGACUUGCGUGAAGUCUUGCGGCUCUUCCAGAAUAGCACCAGUCAGGUGGAGAUCCUCUUGAAGGCCUUGCAGGAAUCGAUUGACUUUGAGAAAUACUUGCUCAAGAGCUUUGCAGACGAGGAAGAGUCGGCCGCGACACUCACCAUAUCGGGUGUGUUUGUACCGCAUUUGAGCAUCUGGAUUAAGUCGCAGGAGCCCCAGCUUGAUGCCAAGUUCUUGGAAUUCCUAUCUGCUCCGAAGUUCCCGGCGGCCGGCGCUGGGGCGACGCCCCACGUGAUUCCCUCUUCGGCAGAGCUUUUCAAGAGGUACAAAUCGCUCAUUAGCCAAGCCGGCCGGUUCAGCGUCCACUCGUCUACGUUCCUCGCUGACUUGUCGCGACUCUUUAAACGGUAUCUCCAACGCUACUUGUACGAGAUCUUAGUACCGAUCCUUCCGACAAACCCCAAGGUAUUGAACGACACCGAAGCGGUAAACUAUCUCACAUUGGUGCUCAAUACAGCGGAAUACUGUUCAUCUACCGUGGAGCAGCUCGAGGAGCGAAUCAACGCCAUGAUCCAGAGUCAGUCCCAGAGUGAGCCAGUGGUGUCGUUCGAUGACAUCAGAGAGUCUUACUUGGGGUUUAUCGUAAAAACGAUCAACCUCAUUGUGGAGAAUGUCUCCCAGUCGUUGGAGAUCUCGUGGCGCGAAAUGGUCAACAAUCCCAACUGGGCCACCACGGUGACCACGGAGGAGACUGACGCCGCAUCUGACGCUUCCCGCUAUGUGGCCCACCUCAGCUCCACGAUCGAAGACAAAUGCCAGCAGAUCUUUUCCAAGCUAUCCAAGCAGUUGUACAUGAAGAACUUGUGCGACCGGUUCUGUGAGUUACUCGUUAAGGGCUUUGCCAACAACCUUACCCAUUUAAAGCCGAUCAAUGUCUUGAUGGGUGAGCAGUUGUUGCUAGACCUCCAUUCCUUGAAAGAUGUGUUGAGCAGGCUUCCCGACAGGGAAAAAAAGAACCUUGAAGACGACGGUGCGAAGACGGUCCGGGACCGGAAGAACGCUAGACAUAAGGAGUACGUGAACCGGUUGGUCGGCCGGUUGAAUAACUUGUUGAAGAUCGUAAUUACUCCCAUCAUCUCUGGCGACGAGGAGAGCUUCAUUAACACGUACUUUUUGUUAAUGAAGGACCAGUCGACUCCGAACUACAUUAAGGUGCUCGAACUCAAAGGCAUUUCGCCC